CACAACUAAACAGUAAACGAAACUUCAGAGACCGGAGAAAGCCCCUGCUGCUGCUUCCUAUUCCCUCUCUGUCACUCUGUCUUUCUCAUCUCCACAGAACUCCCUCUCUUUCCUCUGUUUCUUUCACAUUCCUCAUAACCACACAGAGAGAGAGAGAGAGAUAGAGAGAGAGAGAUGGGGCUGGAGAUUGCGGAGCCAAACACGUGCAUCAGAGGUUGCUGUACCAGCAAAUCGAUCCCUCUGCAUCUCCCACCUUCUUCGUAUGCUCUCCUAUCCCCAAUUGCCCGCGGGGCGGAGAGUGUUGUUUAUGCAGCAACUUUGUAUGGUAGAAAGGUUGCUGUGAAGAAACCCAUCUUGUCUACUUCUGAAGACAUUGACAAGUUCCAUAAAGAGCUCCAGUUGUUAUGUAUGCUAGAUCAUCCGGGAUUAGCAACACUGGUUGCAGCGCAUGCCAAGCCACCCAAUUACAUGUUCUUCUUCGAAUUCUAUGAACAUCUGAAUCUCGCAGAGAAAGUACAUGCGGAAGAAUGGAGUCCGGGCAUCGAUCAAGUGCUCACGAUUACUUUCUGUUUAGCAAAGGCUUUGCAAUAUCUGCAUAAUCUCGGGAUCAUACAUAGGGAUGUGAAACCAGCAAAUAUUCUUCUUGACAAAAACCUGUUCCCACACCUAGCAGAUUUUGGUUUGGCAGAAUACCAAAAAGAUCUGAAAGGCGUUUCUGUUGAGAACUGGAGAUCAUCUGGCAAGCCAACUGGUGGUUUUCACAAAAAAAAUAUGGUUGGGACGCUCAUAUAUAUGGCACCUGAAAUCUUAACCAAGAAGAUCCAUACAGAAAAAUCAGAUGUCUACAGUUUUGGGGUAUCUAUCAAUGAGCUUAUUACUGGUGUUGUCCCAUAUACUGAUCUUCGUGCAGAAGCACAGGCCCACACAGUGCUGGAGAUGAACUAUACUGAGCAGCAACUUACAGCAGCUGUGGUUUCUGGUGGAUUGAGGCCAGUACUUGCUGGUCCAGAGUUGGGUGCUCCAUCAAGUCUCCUCUCACUGAUACAGAGGUGUUGGGAUGCAAAUCCGCUGAGUAGACCUUCUUUCAAUGACAUAGUUGCAGAACUUGAUUUGAUUUUAGAACACAGAAAGACAGCAAAGGAUAUGACACUGGGUGAACCUGCUGUUUCUCGUGAUGAUCACCUAAUGGACAACAUCAACAGCCUCCCAACUUAUCAAGAGAGUAUCAACUGGUCCACACAGGGAGAACAUUUCUCCCGGAUAACUUAUCGUGACACUGAACCUAGUUUGAGAGUCUGGCUUAAUAAUUCAAAUGAUCCUCUGGCAUACCAUCCUAUACUUUCUUGGGGGUCCUUUGCUUCAUGUGGCCGAAGAGAAACCAUGGAGGAUACACAUUUUCUUAUGCCCCAUAUGUGCAAUGAAAAGGAUAUCCAUGUUUUUGGGAUCUUUGAUGGCCAUAGAGGUGCAGCAGCUGCUGAAUUUUCUGCUCGAGCAUUGCCAGGAUUCUUGCAAAGUUUCGGCUCCACGAGCAGUCCUUCAAAAGCAUUAUUGGAAGCAUUCGUUAAGACAGAUGUUGCAUUUAGAGAUGAACUAGAUUCUUAUCGUAAAUCCAAGAGAGGUACUCAGAAAGACUGGCAUCCUGGUUGCACUGCAGUUGCUGCUCUUAUAGUUAGAAGCAAGCUUUUUGUUGCUAAUGCUGGUGAUUGCCGGACAGUACUAUGCCGGGCUGGUCACCCCAUUGUUCUAACCAAGGAUCAUGUUGCUAGCUGCUUUGAGGAGAGAGAGCGUGUUGUUAAUGCAGGAGGACAAGUCAAAUGGCAAGUUGAUACAUGGAGGGUUGGUCCUGCUGCUCUCCAGGUCACUCGCUCCAUUGGUGACGAUGAUCUGAAGCCUGCUGUAACUGCAGAACCUGAGAUAACUGAAACAGAUCUGUCUGGAGAGGAUGAAUUCUUGGUAAUGGCUAGCGAUGGACUCUGGGAUGUUGUGAGCAACUCGGAUGUUAUAAACAUAAUUAGAGACACGGUCAAAGAGCCUGGAAUGUGCGCCAAGAGAUUGGCAACAGAGGCUGCAGAGCGAGGCAGCAAAGAUAACAUCACUGUAAUUGUCGUCUUCCUGCGUCCUGUGUCUACUGCAGAGAGGAUCUACUAGGUAUAUUUUUAUUUAUUUUUUCCUACUACUAUUAUUUGAGUUGCAAAUCAACAAGGGUGAUGAAUUAAGUUCACCCAUGAACUUCACUGGUAAUUGUAAAAUACCAAUCAUUGUUUAUUAUUCAAUUGGGCAUCGCCGAGGAUUAUAAAAUUCUUAAUGUAUGAAUUAGCAUUGAGAAUUGGUCUUGUUUGUGCC